AUGAGCACAUCACUGUUGCAUGACUUCGAACAACAGUAUUCGGUGCAAACCGCAGAGAUAACCGCUCGAAUCGGUCGUCUUUCGAGUCUCGAGAAGCAUGAACGACUGAAUGGCAUUCAGCAAGUGCAACGACUUCUGGUCGACGUUGAAAGUCUUCUUGAACAAAUGGAACUUUCCGUUCGAGAAAUUGAUGCGUCCAGUUAUCGGAAUGAUAAGAAGCAGUUGGAUAGUGAAUUGGAUAAAGCAAUCGGUCGAUUGAAGGAGAACGCUGACAGGGAUGAGUUGAUGGCGUUCGACAAUGAGAUCUCUCUGGAUCAGCAUGGAAAUUGCAAUACGGUUUCUAAAUUUCAGCAAGAUCACCUAAUUGAAAAUACUGAACGACUGGAGAGAACAUCGCGAAGACUGCACGAUACGUACAGAAUGGUUGUUGAGACUGAACAGGUUGAGUUGUUUGUUUGUACUUCGAUUCUGUUCGAAUUGCAAUGCAAUCCGAUAGUAAGAGGAACCUUGCUUGAAGUG